AUGUCUGCUCCCAAGGGUCCCUUCCACCUCGUUACUGUCAACACCGCGCCUGAGCGCGCCAAGCGCCUCAUCGGUCGCGUUGCCGAGAGCUUGAAGGAUCAGUACACCAUCAUCCACGUCGACAACUGCGAGAGUAAGUCACACCGGAAUUAUAACAUGCCAUUGAGGUCGCAAGGGCGAGACAAUGCUAAUAUAUCCACAGAAAUCAGUGAGGUCGAGGAGAAGGUCAAGCAGCACAUGCCUGAGGUUCUGUUCAGCGCCUCUAUGUGGACUGCCGAAGAGGCGCAGCAGAUCCAUGAGAUCGCCAAGUCUGUCAACCCUAACAUCAAACUGCACGCUAUCCCGACUGGUCUGCAGGUCGAGCGUGGCCCGGAUGCCAUUGUCGAGUACCUCUGCGAGAAGGUCCCACCGCUGUUGGAGAACUAA